AUGGGGACGAGGAAGACGCUGGCGACGGGGGCGAGUAGCGUGAUGGAGAUGGUGGCGAGGGGGUUGCUGGGGGGAGUUGAUGGGGGAGAGAAGAAGGAGGAGGACAAGUAUGAUGAGGGCAAGGCGGAGGAUUUGGCGAGGGCGUUUGAGGAUGCGUGGCGGGAGUGGGCGUAUGGGGGGCUGGUGGACGACAUGUUUGAUCAUGUCAAGGGGACGGAGGAUGUCGAGGGGCAUUCGCCGAUGAUGAAGGCUGCGUUGGAUUAUACGAUUAUACAUCUAGCUACGUUUGCUCACCACAUCUUUAUUCUCUCACCCGAGGGCCAGUAUCUCCUCAAGCUCAUUGAAAACAUCAACAGCCUGAUCCCCUACAAGAUGAUCAAGCAGACGCUGCGCAUUGGCAAUGCUGCUACUAUGAUUAGCGGCAUGAUGCGUCUGAUGCUGGCCAAGCUAAGCGUCACGAGUCUGACGAAUUGGGUUGGCUUGACGGCGAACGCUGACGACGGGAUGAAUCUGCUGCAGCGGAUUAUUUCGCUUGUCUUAUCGUGGGACGCGUCGGAGUUUAAGAAGAGCGCGGAAAAGGUUGAGAAGAGCAAGAGUGAUGCGGCGCCGACGGAGGAGAUGCUCGAGGCGAUACGGAUGUAUGUCUCGCUGCCGAGGAGUGAGCAUGUUGCUGCGAGAGAGGAGAGCGUCAAGAGCGGGAGGUCGAUCAUCGUGACGAUUCUUGAAGCACAGGAUGCAAGGCUUGCGGCGGGCAUGACGGACGCUCAGCACAGGCUGUGCCUGGAGUACUACUCUGCGCUGCUGUCGGUGCAUGAUCGCGAGGCGAUUACGGCGGUGCUGUGUCGCACGCCGCCGGAUCUGUUUACGCAGGCGGUUAAAGACGUGGUGGGUGCGUACGAGCCGAUGAUUCGGAGCGUGCAUUCGCGGGUGGAUUUGCGGUUUUAUCUAGAGGCGACGCAGGGGUUUAUCACGGACUUCAUAAGGGCGAGUAGGCCGAAGAAGGGGAGCGGGGAUGAAGGGGAUCGAUUGGCGAGUGUGGAGGAUUACGUGGUGCUGUUGAGGAAUAAUCGCGGGUUGCUGUAUCGGUGGAUUCACGACUUUGCCAAGAAUUGCCCCGAGGUGUGGGAGGAGUUUCGGCGGUGGGCGAAGGAUGUGGCUGUGAGGUUUAGACAGCCAGGUCCUGGUGAUGAAGGGAAGAAGAGGAGUAUGAAGGAGCUGUUGAAUGGGCUGUUUGCUUCUCUUGAUGAUGAGGAGACUAGGGACAAGGUGCUUCGGGCGAUUGAUUCCCACGCGCGGUAUCUUGAUUCCGUUACGCAGCUUUCUAAGCGACGCUUGCAGAUGGUUAUUAACGCUACUGCUUCUUCUUCUGCUGCUACUACGCACAGAUCCAUGACGUCUGGGCCGGGCGUCUAUCUCUCGCAGUGGCAGUCCCUGCUCGACACGACGGUGAUUACGCCAUCUUCGAAGGAGGGCCCGCCUCGGCAUGGCGAGGAUGUAAAGUUUGUUACGACGAUGGGGAAGUUGGGGCUUGGGGGGAGGAAGUUGGCUGGGGGGAGGGGGGAUGGCGAGGAGGAGCUGAAGGCGCCGGAUGUGAGGGUUGUGGUGGAGGGGUUGGGGGAGAAGUUUAGGGGGGUUGUGAGGGGGAGGGCGAGGGAGGAUUGA